GGGGCGGAGCUUCACAGAGGCCUACUUGAUCCGGUAUAAAUAAUCCAGGCAGCGUCUGAGGAAAAAGGUCCGGCAGCCAUGCAGUCCUCUGGCGGUGCUGAGGGCGGAGCAGACGGCCACAGGAGUGACCAGGGUGGCGCAGGUGUCUCCGGGGACGAGGGAGCCUACGCUGCAACCAUUUUGCGGAUCGUCCAGAUACCCCAUGGCCCGUGGCCCUUUGGGGACAUUGUGCUCUUGGUCAGCAGGACAGGGACCGGUCUACAUGAAUUCAAGGUCAGGGUGCCUUUCUGGUCCUCCCUGGAGGCUGAGGUCAGCCUAAGGUACCUGGCUGAUUUCGGGGAGAGCCCUGACCUUCACCGGGUGCUCACCAGGGACCGCAGCGUCCUGACUGUGAGAUGGGUCGCCCAGGACCGUGGCCACCUCCAGAUAGUGUUCACCCAGUUCCUGGAGGAACUUGCCCUGCUCUUGCGGAUCCUGCAGCGCUUGAAGCCCUUGUUUCCGGCCUCUUCUCUUCUGGCAAAAGGGGGCUGAAGCCCAUACCACAUUGAGCGUGUGGCACUGAAAAAAAUAAAGCUGAGCAACC